AUUAUUACCGAUCAAGACCCAGCGAUGACUAAGGCAUUCCCUCUUGUUCUUCCAAAUACUUUUCACAGGUAUUGUAGUUGGCAUAUAUUAAUGAAGUUUUCUGAGAAAAUUGAUGCAGUGAAGUAUAGUAUUUAUAAAAGUGAGUUCUCGGCUUGCAUUUGGAAAUCAGAGACUCCUGAAGAAUUUGAUUUACAAUGGGAAAGUCUGAUUAAGAAAAGUGGGUUAGAAGGAAACAAGUGGUUGCAAGACCAAUAUGAACUUCGGUCAAGAUGGAUUCCUGCAUAUGUUAAUCACAUUUUCUCAGCAGACAUGUCAAGUACCCAACGAUCAGAAAGUGGACAUGCAUUCUUCAAGAAAUUUGUUUCGAAGAAUAAUUCAUUGGUGGAUUUUAUGAUACAGUUUGGCAGGGAACUAGUGCGCCAACGUCACGAGGAGUUGAUGGCCGAUCACAAAGACUUGAUUGAGAAACCUAAACUUAGAAUAAAUCAUGACUUUUUGGAGCAAAUGGUUGAUAUUUACACUAAUGAGAUGUAUUUCAAGUUUGAGGCUGAAGUGUGUGACACUUUAACUACAAGUUGCAGUUUGUUAGGGAAACCAACAAUUGCCGUUUGUAAAAAGUUUGAAAGCGCCGGAAUCGUAUGUACUCACAUUAUCUCCUACUUGAUGAAAUUUGAUGCUGAAAUAUUGCCCGAUAAAUACAUCUUAAAGAGGUGGACUAAGUCUGCAAAAUCGGGGACAGUGGUUGAUGAUAAAGGUAUGCAGAUAAACCCCGACAAUUCUUAUCUUUUAACACGGAGUCAAUUUAUCCAAUCAUCUUUGGAAUUAGUUGACAAGUCCCUUGUAUGUGAAGAAACGAGGAAGAUGUUUACCGAUGGAGUGCGUAUCAUUAAUGAGCAAAUCGACCAAUUCAUUAGUAGCCACAUAGUUAGUGGCCGCACGGUUGCAAAGAGCUUCACUGAGAAAAAUAAUCAAAUAAGUGGUAAUUUAAUGGAUGAUGGUACUAGUGUGCAAGAUUCUUAUACUUUUCAAAAUAGUUUCAAUGAACCCGAUCAAGUGCGAGCAAAAGGGUGCGGCAAAAGGUUGAAGGGAGGAAAAGAGAAAGCAAUGGCUAGAGCAAAAAAUAAAAAAGAUAGACGUUGCCACGGGUGUGGUAAAGUAGGCUAA